UGUCUUGACAGAAGCAGCUGACGGGAGUAUCGGAGAGACACUCGUAACGAUUCGUGGUCAUUCAUCUACUCCUUUCCUCUGUUAGGUUAACGUCUCACAUAAAUCACAGAAUAAUGCUGGGGAAAAUAAAAACGAAGCAGGAGAAGAGUGGCGAGAUCAUCGCGUACAGCGAGGCAGCAGUGAUGAACAACGCUGCAGUCGUGGAAUACUGUAGGAUAUCAAUGGCAGCUCUGUCGGGUGGCACAGCUGGCCUCCUCGGAUUGACCGGUCUAUACGGAUUCGGGUUUUAUAUCUUUGCAGUUUUCGGGCUUUGGGCGAUGCUGUUGAUGAAGGCAGGCGGUCAGUGGAAAAAAUAUUUCAUCAGCAGGCGGCAUCUCUUGACGAGUGGUUUCUUUGGCGGUCUUUUUACGUACGUGCUAUUCUGGACAUUUUUAUAUGGGAUGGUUCAUGUCUAUUGAGGAGGAGAACAGCGAGCGGUUCAAUACACAUUAUAUGUGAAUACGUAAUUCCACAGAGUCGCGUAAAUAUGCAGGCGCGCCAGGUUGAUCCGUCAUAUUUAUAUAUCACUUAAGUAUUUCGAAUAAAAAUCAAAUAUACUGUAAAGCAUUCACGUGAUAUACAUUUAUAUGUAAACAUGUCGAUAUUUGUAUAUAUAGAAUACACUUUUAAUUAUACGGUAAAACUACUGCGGCAUUUGCUAUUUAAUCGUAAAGAUAGGAAGGCAAUAUAAAAGACAACGCAAUAGAAAUACGAGUAGCCAUUUUCUUUAUUGGAUGUAACAUACAUCUGCGUAAUAAAUUAAUUAUUAA